CAAUGCUAUUUCUAAUUGAUGAGAGAAUGAGUAUAAAUAUUUCCACGAUCCAUCGAUUUUUGUCUUUCAGUGAAUUUCUGUAUUAGCCAGUAAACUACAAUCAUGGCUCUCAUUCGUGUAGGACUUAUCGGCCUCUCUGCAAAGUCAAAAUCUGGCUGGGCUGCAAAGGCUCAUCUACCCUAUCUCCUCUCGCCUCGUGGUCAACAACGGUACCAGAUUGUUGCAGUGCUCGGGUCCACUGCGGAGCGUGCUCGAGAAUCUGUUGAAUAUUUCAGCCUCCCGAAUCCUGACAGCAUUCGCACAUACGGCGCACCUGAAGAGCUUGCUCUGGACCCCAAUGUCGACCUAGUUGUAUGCAGUGUCUGGGUGGACAAGCAUUACGACACAGUUCGACCGAGCGUUGCAGCUGGCAAGGACGUCAUCGUCGAGUGGCCACUAGCAGAGAAUGCGCUCAGAGCAAGGGAGUUGACAGAGCUGUCGAGGAAAGCCGGUGGCAGGACGGCUGUUGUUAACCAGGCCAGGCUUGCACCAUAUGUUGUCAAGUUAAAGGAACUUUUGACCGAGGGAACCAUCGGAAAAGUCAUCAACAGUCAAGUCAACAGCAACGCCACAAGAGAGGGCGAAGAUGUUCUGUACCCAGGCCUGGAGUCAUUGAGUAACUCAAAGUCUGGCGCAAACUUCUUUGCAAUUGGGUUCGGACACACUUGGGAUCCCAUCCAAUACGUCCUUGGCGACGCGGAAAAUGUCCAUGCCAUGAUGCAGAUUCAAAACCCCAAGAUCAAGCUCCUGGAUCGUCCAGGGGGCGAGCUUGUAGGAGAGCUUCCUACAGAUUCUCCGGACCUUGUCGUCGUGACGGCAUCACUGCCGGAAUCAUCGUUCACCAGAAAUGACGCCAAGUUGGUGACCAUGUGGCGAGUCGGAGCAGUAUUCCCAGACCCAAAGCAGCCAUCGUUUGUGUGGACCAUCCGCGGGGAGAAGGGGAGUUUGCGCUUCACCUACGAAGGUCGUCAUCUCAACCAGGGCGAUAGUACAUUGAUUGAAUGGCAUGAUCAGGCCUCAGGAGAGACCAGGCCAGUUGAGUGGCAGUGGCAAGAAUGGCAAGCGGAGCUCCCAGGCCCGGCCAGGUGCGUUGCAGCUCUGUACGAGGCAUUUGCAGACGGCGAUGAGAGCAAGUAUGUGACUUUCGACACCGCUCUCAGGCGUCACGAGCAACUGGAAUCUAUGCGUGAGAAAUUCCUGAACUGAAGUUCGGGAUAAUAUGAUAUGUUGGGAAUAUGGCAAACUGGUUUGACAAAAACCUCCCUUGUG